AUGUCGUCGAAUCUCCCAUACACCUGCAACACCUGCCUCGUUGCGUUCCACCGCAGCGAUGCGCAGAGAGAUCAUAUGCGCAAGGACUGGCACUUGUACAACAUGAAGCGCAAGGUCGCCAACCUCCCGCCCGUGACCCAAGAAACAUUCAACGAGAAGGUCCUUGCCGCUAAGGUUAACUCGACCGAGGCCGCCGCCAAGGCUGCUUUCGAGAAGAGCUGCCACGCCUGCCAAAAAGCCUUUUUCAGCGAAAACUCCUACCAGAACCACGUUAAAAGCGCCAAGCACAAGCAGCGUGAGGCCCGUCUUAGCAAGGAGGGUGACAAUGCUUCGGUUAUGAGCUCGGCGUUCUCCCUUGGAGAGCCUGUUGGCAAGGCACAGGACGAUGUUUCCAACGUCGCUGAUGGCCUCAAGGCGGCUACCAUCGCAGAGGACAAGGAGGAUGAGGAGAUGGAGGAGGAGAAGGACGAGUUCUCCGCAUCUCAGUGUCUUUUCUGCCGUACCGAGUCAGCCGACAUUGAGGCAAAUGUCGAGCACAUGUUCAAGAACCACGGCAUGUUUAUUCCGGAGCGCAAAUAUCUGGUCAACCUGGAGGGGUUGAUCAACUACCUCUACCGUAAGAUUAACGAUAACCACGAAUGUCUCUACUGCCAUGCCAUCCGCAACAAUGCUGAAGGAGCCCGCACCCACAUGCGUGACAAGGGUCACUGCAUGAUCGCCUUUGAGGCCGAGGAGGAGCAGAUUGAGAUUGGCCAGUACUACGACUUCCGCAGCACCUACUCUGACGACGACGAGGAGUGGGAGGAUGAGGACGAAGAUGAGACCAUGGCUGAGGCUGGUGGUGUUAAAGUCUCGUCGUCGGAUGCGGACGAGGCAGGCUGGGAAACUGAUGCCUCUUCUGUGGAUGAUGACGAGGAGAUCGAUUCUCGCCGCAAGGCCCCUGUCAUCUACCAGGAUGAGUUCGAGCUUCACCUGCCCUCCGGCAAGAGCGUUGGUCACCGCUCGCUCGCCAAGUACUUCCGUCAGAACUUGCACAACUACCCCAGCCCCGAUGAGCGGGCUACCCGCCAGCUGGCUAUUGAAAAUGGUGAGAUUGAGGAGGAGGAGCAGAAGCCCCGUGGCCGUAACCAGAAGCGUGCUCUCAUUACUCGUGCCAAUGGUGGUGAUGGUCUGAUUACUGCCACCACUGAGCAGAAGAAGGCCGCUAUGGUCGCGGAGCGUCGUGAGCACACUCGCGCGGCCCGUGCAGAGAACAGAUGGCGCGCCGGUAACGAAAGACAGAACAACCACCAGAAGCACUUCCGUGAUCCCCUUCUGCAGUGA